CCCCCAUCUCCACCUCUCUUUUUCCGCCCCUGCGCGUGGGUCUGUGCCAAAGCAAAACGGGGUGUGAAAAGGGAAGAAGAGGAGCGCAAAGGCUGAGCAAGAUUGAAAGGAGAGCAUAUAAUACAGUAUUAUAAUCAAAGGGAGAGAAAAUGACUAGUCCCUCACUGGGAAUGAGGCUCUCUGUGUUGCCUCUUCCUCCAAAUUUCUCCAAAAUUGUUCAUUUAUCGCUCAAUAACUGCUGCCCUUUCACCGUCACUUCCCAGUCUAUCUGCGCUUAUUCUGCUUCUUUCCCUCAGAGAAGAGGUGCUUCGCCAAGGACAUCUACUCGUAUACAGACGUGGCUUCAUGGAAAUGAUGAAAGACAUCAAAGGAAUUGUGAUCUGGGGAAUGAAGAUGAAUACACAACUCAGAUGUUUGGUUCUGAUGAAGAAUUCACCACCCAAAUUCCUACCCAAGCCCAAUCUGUUGUUGAAGGCUCAGGGGCAGUUCUGGUUUCAGAAUACAAGCCUGUUCCUGAUGUGGACUAUCUACAGGAGUUACUAGCAAUUCAACAACAAGGUCCAAGAAAUAUUGGCUUUUUUGGGACAAGAAAUAUGGGAUUCAUGCAUCAAGAGCUUAUUGAGAUUCUCAGCUAUGCCUUGGUUAUAACGAAAAACCAUAUUUUUACAUCUGGUGCAUCAGGCACCAAUGCUGCAGUUAUAAGAGGUGCACUUCGUGCUGAGAAACCUGAACUGCUGACUGUUAUAUUGCCACAAAGUUUGAGUAAGCAACCCCCAGAAAGCCAAGAGUUACUGUCUAAAGUGAAAAAUGUAGUAGAGAAACCUUAUAAUGACCAUCUCACAUUGAUAGAAGCCAGCAGGCUGUGUAACAUGGACAUCAUCUCACAAGUACAGCAAGUCAUUUGCUUUGCGUUUCAUGACAGCAGGUUGCUAAUGGAAACAUGUCAAGAAGCGAAACAAAUGAGGAAAAUUGUUACCCUCUUUUACCUUGAUUAAUGGAGAGGAUCAAUGUUUGUUCAUCCCAUUGGUUUUGGGGUGAAUGCAUUGCAAAAUUCUUUUUUAUUGGUGGUUGGUUCUUUUGUAGAUUAAAUUAAAAACAUAGAUGCUCUGCCUGGACAAGUUUAUAUACUCUGUAGAAAUCUGGCCAAUUUGUGCCUUGCUCAAUUUAGAGAUAGGGGAAAAAUGGAUUCUCAUUGUUAUUUAUUGGGUAUAAUAUUUCUGCUUCAAAGAGGAGUUUAUGUAUUCCAUUAUUUACUGUU